AUGAUAUCAUAUCUCGACUUUCUCGAAUGUAUCAUACUCCGGGGCUUGAACAACCCGGUGGGUUGGGCGCCCUAUGGCAACGGUCUGAGAAGGUACUUGGUCACACGGUAUGGAUUAGUGAAACCUCCGUGCCAGAGCAAACCCUUCAAUGGACGAUGCAAGAGCGGAACAGAAGCUGCCGAUCGGGCAUCAUAUGUCCUGGGGGGGGCUGAGUAUCGUGGAUGGGCACUUUCAAUGUGCUAUAAUCAUCCAGAAUGCGCAGCAUCAAUUUUGACAUGGUGGGAAUUCCUCAUAUCCCUGACCUAGUCACUCGUCGCAUCCAAAAGACCGAGAGGUUUGCACCCAAACUACCGUAGGAGGGGACGUCUGGAUCAAUUGAGACUACCACGGGUGCCAAGAAACCUGGAAACAAUGCGCGAGUAUGACACCGUACCGUUACUCCCUGGCCCUCUCCGGCGCCAUAUCACACCGAGAUCCCCCGCUGGGGUGUCACGGCCAGUUGGUUCUCUGUGGGGUUUGGCCCUAUUGGUCAAUGUAGCCCCCGCAGGAAUGCAUUUCCAGUCGUUGCCCGGGGUGGGGAGGGUGUUCGUAAUGAACGGCAUUUGAUUUUGACAAGACUGUUGCUCUUACAUGCUGCCAAAAAUUCAGCUUUUUUGCUUAUAUAUUUGUGUCAUGCGGUAGUAGUCGUGCUCAGAAACACCGUCCAAUUACGAGUAGAGAGAGAGUCAUGCAUAACUAAUGGGCAUAACGUUCAGCUGCCGGGCAGACUAAGCUCUCGCCUAGCUAGAAUAGCUAUUCCUGGAGACUGCUUAGACGAAGACUGGAAUUCUAGAGAGUUACAUUGAAACCCCCGGGAAGGCUAUUAUUAAUAAUAAUACUGGUAUGUGAGCCUUGUGGUUUUUGAUCCAUAAGUUUCCCUCCAAUAUUAGUGGCUUUGAGAUUUCUUGGUUUCUCGUAGUACAGAGGUGCUUGUGGGAUAGACUGUGCGGGGUCAUGGCCAUGAAGCUCCAUAGCGAGACAUGAGUUCUAUCUAGUGAGGUUGGUCAACUCUG